AUGGAGUUUCAGUUAAAUCGGGAAUCAGAAAUUCUCAGGAAUCAGAGGGAAUUUCAGAAAUUUCGAAAUAAUUUGUUAAAAGUGCACGUGAAACCUGGGAAAAACGUCGCGAAGAAAUUCGAAAACUAUAUUGACGAAAACAAAAACGCAACGUCAUCGCCUGAAGAUACUGAUCUAGAGGCUGCGAACACGUUGGAGGAAAAUGAAGCCGCGUCAGAAACUACUCCCGUCGAAGACACAACCACCGCUGUAAAUACAGACUUGGCCACCGAGGCCAAAGACAACAAUAGAGAAUCUCAACAAGGCGUAGUGGAGACCGUGUGGACAUCAGACAUGAUCCAGGGCAACGUCAUAGACGCUGAUGAUGACGAUGACGACGACGACGACGAUAAUGAUAAUUAUAACGAUAGCCAAGAUGACCACAACUACGAUGAAAAUACACUAGAAGAGAAUGAACUGAAAUGCGAGUUUGUUUCAGAUGAUCUCGGUGAAUACGUCGGAACGGACCUCCGGGAAACGCCAUCGUUCGACUACAGCCUUGACGGCAAAGAUCCGUUCGCUGAACCACGAAUGAUGGGCUCGUCGACCCUGACCGUCUACGAGGCGUUUGGAGCGGCGUGCGUGUUGGACUUAUGGGUCAGCCGGAUCGGCAUGAUGGACGCGUUUGACGGGACAGGAAUGCUGCGCCAAGGGGACUGCUUCCGGCCUGCUACUAUCGUCUCCGUCACCGACGAGGAGUCCAGCAGUGAUGUUAUCGAGACUACGCCGCACCGAGCAAAGGUCACCAAGUUCCUGGCGUUCGUACAGGACACGCUCCGCUUGACCAUCUGCGAGCUGUGGUCGAGCGGUACGUUCAACGAGCUGCGCCUGGUCAACGAGUCGAUGCUGAACGCGGUGCGCGAGGAACAGCAACUGGUGGCGGAUUUGGCGUACAAUCGGGAUGAGUUGGACGUUCUGCGAACAACGAUAAAGGAACGCAGGAAAUAUUUCAACACUGAUAAAUGGCGCAUUCAAUCGGAUAUAUACAAUUUGGAUAAGAAGUACAAGAAAACUUUGCAACUAAUAGAUUUAGAAACCAAAUAUGUACAGGCGUGGGAAAAUCAAUGUUUGAACGAGAAUGACGAGUUACUGAAAGAAGAAGCCAACCGUCUCCGUCAGCCGAUACAACAGGAUAGCACAUCAAUAGCGAGAAAUGAUGUAUUCCCCAAAUUAAUAGCAUCUAUAGGCCCUAUUUUAGAAAAAUGGGAACGAAUGUAUGAUAUACAAGUCGGCGCUAUCGAUGUAGAUACUUUGACUUUAGAAUCCGAAGAAGAACAAAUGAUUGAUUCAAUAAAAGAAAUAAAUGAAGUCUGCGAUUUGCUGCAAAUCACAAUAAAUGAUUUCGAAGAACGUAAACGUAAAUACGAAGAGCGAAUGAGGCACGAAGCUUAUAUUAAUAAAAUGGCCACCAGGAUACAAGCGUUCUGGAGAGGUACAAUGGUUAGGAGAUUUUUGGGUCCAUAUAAAUACCUUAGGAAACUAUUCAGGAAAAAAAAAUCAAAAAGAAAUAAAUCAAAAAAAAAUAAAUCGAAA